AUGCCUGCUAAAAAGACUCGAUUUACGACUCUUGAUCUAAAGGCAUGCAUUGCCGCUGUUCGAAAACGUUUUCUUGGCGUUCGAGUUGUGAAUAUUUAUGAUGUUGAUAAUAAGACGUAUCUGAUCAAAUUUUCGAAACCGGAUGAUAAAGGUGUGCUACUGAUUGAAUCAGCUAUUCGAAUUCAUACAACGGAAUUCGACUGGCCUAAAGGAUUGAUUCCGUCAGGUUUCGCGAUGAAACUUCGGAAACAUCUCAAAUCUCGUCGGUUAGAAUCGAUUGAACAAUUGGGUAUCGAUCGUAUUGUUGAUUUACAAUUCGGUAGUGGCGAAGCAGCGUAUCAUCUUAUUGUCGAACUUUACGAUAAAGGAAAUAUCAUUUUAACCGAUUACAACUACAUGAUUUUAUCGUUGAUCCGGAGACGAACAGAUGCAACAACAGAAGAAAAGUUUGCCGUUAAUGAGAAAUAUCCGAUUGAAACUGUCAAGCAACCGGAAGAUUUAAUUUCAUUGGAAAAAUUGAUUGAACUUCUAAGUAACGCACCAGCAAAUGAAUCGAUCAAGAAACUACUCAAUCCAAUCUUACCGUUCGGAUCCGCUGUACUUGAUGAAUGUUUACUAAAAGCAGGACUAAAUGCUGAUAAUAGUACGACAGGCAAGACAUUAAGCAUUGAACAGGAUGUUCCGAAGUUACAUGCGCAGUUGGUAGAAGCAUUGAAUUACUUAACACGAGCAGAUACUGGUGAAUGUAAAGGUUAUAUCACUUAUCGAGAAGAAGGUUCAUCGGCGCGUGUCAGCUAUGAAGAAUUUCAUCCAUUCUUAUUUAAACAAUUCGAAUCGAAGCAAUAUUUAGAGUUACCAACAUUCGAUCGAGCUGUUGAUGAGUUCUUUUCUAAACUUGAAGCACAACGGUUGGAUGGACAGAUCGUACAAAAAGAAAAAGAGGCAUUAAAAAAGCUUGAUAAUGUCAAAAAGGAUCAUCAGAAACGUCUGGAUGAAUUAAAAGCUGUUCAGGAUGAAGAUGUUCGACGAGCAUAUCUCAUAGAAAUGAACGCUGAUCUCGUUACUCGGGCAAUGACAGCAAUCAAUACUGCAGUAGCCAACCAAAUGAGUUGGCCAGAAAUUGAAGAACUAGUCGACGAAGCCAAGCAGUCUGGUGAUCCAACUGCACGUGCUAUUCUAACGAUUAAAUUCGAUAUCAAUCACAUAACAUUACUUCUUCGAGACCCAUUUGCCGAUGAAAACGACAAGUCUUCUCUUGCACCGGUUAGAGUUGACGUUGAUCUUUCGUUGACUGCUUUUGCGAAUGCUAAACGAUAUUUUGAACAUAAAAAACAAUCGUCACAGAAACAUCAACGAACCAUCGAAGCAGGAGAGAAAGCUAUUAAAUCCGCAUCGAAACGUACAAAUGAAUUACUUAAAGAAGUCGAACGCGUCGCUACUGUAACAAAAGCACGAAAAGUUUACUGGUUUGAAAAAUUCUACUGGUUCAUUAGUUCCGAUAACUACAUUGUCUUGGGCGGUCGCGAUCAACAGCAAAAUGAACUAUUAGUGAAACGUCAUUUACGUCCAGGUGAUCUAUACGUUCACGCCGAUUUACAUGGUGCGACAAGCGUUGUGAUUAAAAAUCCAACAGGGAAUGACGUACCGCCACGAACAUUACAGGAAGCUGGUAUUUUAGCGUGUUGCCACAGUGCAGCAUGGGAGGCGAAAGUGCCAGCUCCGGCUUACUGGGUAAAACAUGAUCAAGUUUCGAAAAGUGCACCAACUGGAGAAUAUAUUACAACGGGUGCUUUUAUGAUUCGAGGAAAACGAAAUUAUCUUCCGAGCACGCCGUUGAAUUUUGGAUUUGCUCUUCUAUUCAAAUUUGAUGAAAGUGACCAAGCGGCGAUUGAUCGACAUAGCGAUGAACGAAAGCCAAAGAGUGUUCUAGAUGAACAGGACUUGAAACAAGCAGCAAUUAUUGAAAAGCAAGAAUCGGCCGAGGAAACUCCGUUAGAAGUAUCUGAUGAUGAUGAUGAAAACGAAGAGACUAAACCUGACGAACAACAAGAAUCGCAGCAACAGCAAGAAACGAUUGUUGAAGAAACGGAAGAACCCGUUGCGAAUGUUCCUACACCUGCAGCUGAAGAUCCACCUUCCUCUUCGUCUUCGUCUGAUGAGGAUGAAGAACAAGAGGCCUCCGCAUAUCCUGAUACUCAAGUCACAUACAACGAAGAAAAACCAAUUCAAUCCAAUACUAAUGAACAGAAACAAGUUGGACGUCACCAGCCACAACAGAAACAGCAACAGCAACCGAAAAAACAAUCGAAUGAAAAUCAACCGUUGAAACGUGGUCAACGAGCACGUUUGAAGAAGAUCAAAGAGAAAUAUAAGGAUCAAGACGAAGAAGAUCGACAAGUUCGAAUGCAACUAUUGGGUUCAGCCGGUAAUGAAGCCAAAAAGAAACAACAAGAGCAACAGCAGCAAAAGCAACAACAAAAAGCAAAUAACAAAGACAAUAAGAAAAGGCCUGACUCAACUAAAAGUCGACCACAAUCAGCUGCCACUCCAGCAGCAGCAGCAGCGGCAGCAGCUAUUGAUGAUGAUGAAACUGAACAGCAUCAAGAAGACGAAGAAGAAAAGGCUAAACGAUUGUCUGAAGAUGCUCGUUUACUUUUUACAUUAACCGGUCAACCGACAUCUGACGAUCCAUUGACAAAUGUCAUUGGUGUUUGCGCACCGUGGGUCGCAUUAAAUAAUUACAAAUAUAAAGUGAAAAUCCUACCAGGAGGUGCUGCUAAAAAAGGCAAAAAUGUUCAAGCGGCUUUGAAAUUUUUCGCAAUGGAUCGCACAGCAAGCCAGUUAGAAAAGGAUCUUAUUAAAACAGUGAAAGAUCAAGAAGUGACGCGUAAUUUACCGAGUGGAAAAGUGAAAUUUGUGUUACCAUCUUAUAUUAAAUUGAAAUAA